AUGCCUUUUGUGCUAUCCGUCGAGCCACUGAUAGUCGAUCCGAACUGGUUACAAGGCAAGCAGAUCCCGUUGCCUGCUAUCUCCGGAUCUACCGGCAUUCCGAACCCCAGGACCUAUACACACGAAUUCCCGUGGAGAAUUUCCAAGGCCAAUAUCCUCCCUCCACCCGAGGGCAAGACGCUGCGGGCAUUGGAUGGGGUUUGGUUCUUCCCAUGUUGGCGAAUAGUAUCCCAGUGCUUCCACUCCCGAAUAUCAAAAGCAAAAGCUCUCAUCUUAGAUCCGGAGAAGCCCAUGCUCCGUGCUGGCAAGGGGACAGUCCAACGUGAGGGUACCAUUCGGCUUUACUCUGAUGAGAUUGACGCUCUCUACCGCGACGCAGAUAUUGCGGCCAUUCCAGAGAGGCAAAUCAAUCAUUCACUUCUCUCUCUGGAAGAUUUAGGAUUGCGCUUGAGUACCCCCAUUCGAUCAACCUUUACAAUUGCUUCAAUUUCGCCAGCUCUUAUUUACAAAAAUCCGUCUGUGGACCUCCUAGCCAGGUGGGCAAAAUCAGAGAUCUUGGUGCCUGUCGGGGACAACUAUAAUCGUCUAGCCCUAAUAAGGCACACACUAGAAGGUCACCAGCGCCAGGUCGACAGUUUUCCGUCCUUCAGAAGCAUAUACGACUUGGAAGAGAGAAAGCCCACCUCUCAAGUAAUGCUUCUCACUGGAUCAACCGGUGCCAUUGGGUCGUUCAUAUUAGACCGCUUAUUAGUGGACAUGGACAUUGCCUAUAUUUACUGUCUAAAUCGGGCUGCGGAUUCCAGGCGCUUCAAGCGGCUCGAAAUCGCCAAAGGGGUCUUCCAUGCAGUUUCAGCUCCGAUCGAGUUAAAAAUGAAUUCAAUUAGGUCUAACUGGAGAUCUGGAAGGAAACGGUGGCUAUUCGCUUAA